AUGGAAAAACUGAUUCAUCAAGAUAAACCUGAUACUAGUGUUGCCGAUAGUUUACAAAAUCUCGGAAUGUUGUUUAAACUUGUUGGAAAACAUGAUUUAGCAAUUAAGUAUUUCGAGGAGAGUUUAAAAAUGAAAAAAUUAAUCUAUAAAGAUGAACAUCAUUCUAGUUAUUCUAUUACUUUAAAUUUGCUUGGAUUUGUUUAUGCUGAUACAGGUGACUAUGAUCAAGCAAUAAACUACGCUAUGCAAAACUUAAACUUAAACAAACUAGUUUAUAAAAACCAACCUCAUCCUGAUGUUGUUGAUUGUUUAAAUAAUCUUGGAUUAAUUUACAGUGAUAAAAAACAUUAUGAUCAAGCAAUUAACUGCUUUGAGCAGAGUCUGGCAAUGAAUAAACUUAUAUACCAUGAUAAACCUCACCCUAGUGUUGUUACUAUUUUAAAUUCUCUAGGAUAUAUGUAUAAAAAUAAAACCAAAUAUCAUCAGGCAAUUAAGUAUUAUGAGGAAAGCCUAGCGAUGGAAAAAUUGAUUCAUCAAGAUAAACCUUACCUUAGUGUUGCUGAUACUUUACAAAAUCUUGGAAUGUUGUAUAAACUUGUAAGAAAAUAUGAUUUGGCAAUUAAAUAUUGCGAGGAAGGCCUUAAAGUGAAAAAGUUUAUUUAUAAAGAUGAACAUCAUCCAAGUUACUCUAGUUCUUUAAUUUUUCUUGGAUUAGUCUAUGCUGAUACAGGUGAUUAUGAUCAAGCGAUCAACUACACUACGCAAAACCUAAAUUUAAACAAACUAAUUCAUCAAAAUCAACCUCAUCCUGAUGUUGCUGAUAGUUUAAAUAAUCUUGGUUUAAUUUACUACGAUAAAGGGCAAUAUGAUCAAGCAAUUAACUGCUAUGAGCAGAGUCUAGCAAUGAAUAAACUUAUCUACCAAGAUAAACCUCACCCUAGUGUUGCUUAUUCUUUCAAUAGUCUUGGGUUACUUUAUAUUAGUAUUGGAAAGUAUGAUCAGGCAGUUAAUUACUGUCAGGAAAGCCUUAAAAUUUAUAAACUAGUCUACCAAAAUGAACAACAUCCAGAUGUCGCUCAUUCUUUAUACAAUUUAGGUAUAGCUUAUUUCUCUAAAGAAAACUAUGAUCAGGCAAUUCACUACUUUGAACAGAGCCUACAAAUGGAAAAGCUUAUAUAUAAAAAUCAACCUAAUCCUAGAACUGCUGAAAUUUUACAUAACCUUGGGUUAAUUUAUGUUAAUAAAAAGCAAUAUAAAGAUGCCAUUAAUUUCUAUGAGCAAAGCCUAGACGUAAAAAAACUUAUCCUCCAGCACCAACCUCAUCCUAGUAUUGCUAUUUUGUUAAACAAUCUUGGAUUGGUUUAUGCUGACAUAGAGCAAUAUGACCAAGCAAUUAAAUACCAUCAGCAAGCUUUGCAAGUUAUACAAGUUUUUGAGAAUCAUCCUUAUACAGCUAAUAUAGAAAAAUGUUUUCAAAAAACAGAGGCAGCAUUUGUUGAAAAAUCUUCUUCAAAUCCGCAAGAGAUAACUUCAUUAAUGCUGCGUCAACGACAAUCAAGCCCGCAAGAGAUACCCUCAUUAAUGCUGCGUCAACAGCAAUCAAACCCGCAAGAGAUACCUUCAUUAAUUCUUCGUCAGUAGCAUUCAAGCUGGUCCGUUCAAUUUUUCUUUUUUAAAUAAUAAUUUUUAGUCCGUUCAA